GAUUGUAAAAAACGGAACGUCAAGCCAACAUCGACUUGGGUGUAUUCGGAAUGUGCGCUGGCCACACUAAGAAGUUGGCAACACUGAGGGCUGUCAGCUGUCAGCGACGGAACCGCCAGUACACUUGGGAACGGGGAAACCGAGCGGGCGGUUGUGCCAGCGUGCGACCGACUUCACCGCGUUCCGAAUAAGUAAUCCGAUGUUAUCAAAAGAGUGCUUUAUUAUUUUCGAUUGAUUUAAACACUAUUGUAAUCACAAUAAAUCAGAGAGUACGUUAGAAGACUUAUUUCGUUUAAUUUGAAGAUGGAAGAAAAUGAACACCCACACGCCUCCCCGUCAUCAGAAGUGGGAUGCAACCGUGAAGAAAAUCAGCGUGAUUUAACUAGUAACGAAGAAUCAAAAUGGUUGUUAUUGAUGGAGCAGCAAAAUCGUAAUUUUAUGGCCCUAAUCAAUGCCAUGAAACCAACAUCGUCGGCCAGCAAAGAUAUCCGGUUGCCAGAAUUCGAUCCAGACAAGGAAAAUGUAGAUGCUCGUGCCUGGAUAUCUACUGCGGACAUGUGCAUCACGGAUCCGGACAUGCAGGGUGCUCUGCUCAUGAUGACCCUCAGCCGUGCACUAAAAGGUCAAGCAUCGACAUGGCUGUCCCAAGUGUCCUUUCACGGAAUGACAUGGAGCAACUUUAAGGACCUAUUCACCACCAGGUAUGAGAGUGCUGAGACUGCUGCUGGGUUUCUAAUUAACCUGCAGAGUAGUAGACCAAAAGAUAGUGAAUGUUUGGCCUCCUAUGCCUCUAGAUUGAUGUCAUCCUUAAUGUCUAAAUGGAAAAAUCUCUCAGUAGAACAGAUUGCCGUGUCAACUGUUUUGUCACAUAUCUCCCAAUUUGAAAAUCGUGUCCAAAGGCUUGCAUUUACACAAAGUAUAACCACGAGGAGUGAAUUACAGCAAGAGCUUAAGGCUGUAUCCUUCAUGAAGCGCCAAAUGCCGUCUACAAAUGAUCAUAACCACGACGCUAAGAAACCUCGUUUAGCAAUUGAUGUCUCGAAUGUGAAAUGUUUCUUUUGUGGGAAAUCGGGCCAUAAAGCGGCACAAUGUCGUUCGAGAAAAGGAUCCAACACUAGGGAUAUCGUUUCGAAGACACCGACGGGUGACCCGAAGACAUCUUCAACAUCAUCUCAUAGCUGCUUCAGCUGUGGCGGUACCGGCCAUUUUGCGAAGAACUGUCCACGGAGGAGCAGCAAGGAAAGCAACUCAAACACCACGGCCGGCCCUUUACAGGAGAAGCGUGUGAAUGUCUGCACUGUCAACGCGCCAACUGGGAUGCUUCGUCAUGCGGGAGCAUCACACAGGGACGUGUGACAUGUCAAGAUGGCCGUGUCGGAGAUUGUAAAAAACGGAACGUCAAGCCAACAUCGACUUGGGUGUAUUCGGAAUGUGCGCUGGCCACACUAAGAAGUUGGCAACACUGAGGGCUGUCAGCUGUCAGCGACGGAACCGCCAGUACACUUGGGAACGGGGAAACCGAGCGGGCGGUUGUGCCAGCGUGCGACCGACUUCACCGCGUUCCGAAUAAGUAAUCCGAUGUUAUCAAAAGAGUGCUUUAUUAUUUUCGAUUGAUUUAAACACUAUUGUAAUCACAAUAAAUCAGAGAGUACGUUAGAAGAC